AUGCAUUUCACAUAUCCCCUCCUCUAUUUCCUCUUCCUCAACAUAACCACCGCCCACCAAAUCUCCUAUCCAUUCCGAACCCAAAAGCGACAAAACGGACCCGACAAUGCAGACUCACAAGUCAACAUCCACCCCGAAGCCGCCAAAGCGCUCUCCGCAUUCCUCAAACUCGACACUACCUCAGAUAGUUGCGGAAUGUCUUCAUGGAAUCGGGAAAGCGGUUGUACCGGCCUUCUCAACCGGACACGUUCUCGAGCCUAUGGUGAAAUUCGUCAAGGAUAUACAAAUUUCAUCACCUACAAAGAUCCUGAGAUCCAACGAGAAGCUAGUGAUCUCUUAGUAUAUGGAGCUGAUUCCCUUCAUCAGAUGAUCCCAUCUUUAUCUUUCGACAACGCAGAUAAGCUUCUCCAAGCUGUGUUUGCGGCUGAAUAUGCAAGGGUUGUUGAUCAAGUUGAGAACCUAGCUCUCUUUUCUCUUGCGAAUAGACUUUUGGAGAAACAAUCUGAUAAGGAUACCUGUCCCAAGACUACUACUGGCGAUGAACAUGGAAUGAUUGGUAAGUGA